CUCCAUUAUAAUCCCUCCAAAACCUCUCCAUCUAUCUCUCUCUUUCUUCAUGUUUCAUCACCGAAUUCACUUCCAACAAUGUCCUCCCUCUCAAGUAAGCCUGAGAAGAGUAGCAGCAGCGAUGACGAUGAGUACCCUAUUGCCAACUUCACCGAAUGCUACGCUUGCAAGCAGGUGGGUGUACCGGUUUUCCAUUCCACCCGCUGUGACCGACCACACUUCAUGUCCGGCAAAACCACACUCGUCCCGGUCCCGCGGCGGUCCUGCGGCCCAUUCCGCCUCGUUUUAGACCCGCGCAGCAGGUAUGUGAAGAGGUGGAACCGCGCGGUCUUGCUGGCACGUGGCAUGGCUUUGGCCGUUGAUCCUCUCUUCUACAACGUGAUCUCGUUGUGUGGGAGCGGGGCUCCGUGUUUCUAUGUCAAUGUUGCUUUGGCGACUAUCCUCACCGUUGUUCGCACGUGUGUGGACUUGGUGCAUCUGUGCCACUUGUUGCUUCAGUUCAGGUUGGCGUACGUGUCGAGCGAGUCAUUGGUUGUUGGGUGUGGAAAGCUCGUGUGGGAUGCACGUGCGAUUGCUGCUCACAACCUGCAAUCCCUUAAGGCGUUCUGGUUGGAUGCUUUCGUUAUAAUUCCGGUCCCCCAGGUGGUAACAUGGCUGGUUGUUCCAAAAUUGCUGAAAGAAGAACGGGUUAAGCUGAUAAUGACGAUACUGCUAGUAACCUACUUGUUGCAGUUCAUUCCCAAGCUCUACCAUACGGUUUACUUGUUGAAAAAACUGCAAAAGGUCACUGGUUAUAUCUUUGGCGGUGUUUGGUCCCGUUUCAGCCUUAGCCUCUUUGCCUUCUAUGUUGCUUCUCAUGUUGCAGGUGGAUGGUGGUAUGCCCUUUCUAUACAACGGCUAGUAUCAUGUCUCCAGCAACAGUGCGAUAAAAGAAACAAGUGUAAUCUCUCUUUAUUUUGCUCGGAGGGUAGCUGCAAUCCAUCUGGUGGUGCUAACUUGACAGCAAUAAAGUCACUGUGCUUGGCCGCUGAUGGACCUUUCAAAUAUGGGAUAUAUACGCCGGCACUUGAAGUAGUUUCUAGCAACUCUCUAGCCGUUGGAAUCCUUUAUCCAAUAUACUGGGGAUUUUUGAACCUUAGUACUUUCGGGAACGUACUUGAGCCUACAAGUAACUCGUUGGAGUUGGCGUUUUGUAUAUGCAUCACGCUGGGGGGCUUGGCACUCUUCGUUACUUUGGUUGGCAAUAUCCAGAUAUUUUUGCAUACGGUCCUGGGAACGAAGAAAAGUAUGCAGCUGAGAUACCGAGACAUAGAGUGGUGGAUGAAACGAAGGCAGCUGCCAUCUCAUUUGAAACGGAGAGUUCGCCAUUUUGAGAGCCAAAGAUGGGCAGCCAUGGGAGGACAAGAUGAGAUGGAACUUAUCAGAGAUUUGCCCCAUGGCCUCCGUAGGGAUAUUAAGCGUUAUCUUUGCAUAGAUCUUGUCAAGAAGGUUCCUCUAUUCCACAUGUUGGACGACCUCAUUCUUGACAACAUCUGUGAUAUGGUCGAACCCCUUAUCUACUCCAAGGGAGAAAAGAUUUUCAGAGAAGGAGAUCCUGUGCAGAGGAUGGUGUUUAUUGUUCAUGGACGAGUAAAACGAAGCCAAGCCCUCAGCAAAGGCUUCAUAGCCACGAGCGCGCUCGAACCUGGCGGGUUUUUCGGCGACGAGCUCCUGUCAUGGUGCCUCCGCUGCCCACGCACAGAUCGGCUUCCGUCAUCGCCUGCAACGUUUAUUUGCGUAGAGUCCAUUGAAGCGUAUGGGCUCGAUGCAUAUCAUCUCCGAUAUAUUACUGAUAAUUUCCGUUAUAGAUUUGGCAGUGAUAGCCUUAAGCGGACGAUGAGAUAUUACUCGUCCAAUUGGCGCACAUGGGGAGCCAUCAUUAUACAAUUUGCUUGGCGGCGGUACCGGAUGAGAACUAUGGGUUCAUUGGUUCCUUUGGUUCAAAAUAGAGGAACUGGUGAUGAGAAUAUGCUGAGACAGUAUGCUGCAAUGUUCAUGUCGUUUCGGCCUCAUGAUCACCUUGAAUAAAGCAUAUUUUAGCAAGUUUUUUGACUAAUUAGUGAACCCAUUCUUUUCUAUGAACUUUUAAUUAUAUGGAACUUGGAUUCGACAACAAUAAAGGAGAUGAUACCGCAGACGACGCCAAAGUCAAAGCCCAAGUGUUGAAGGCAAAUUCUCUUAG